AACCUCCAUAGGCUUUGUUUCUGUGCUCUCCUCCACUUUCUUCUCCAGCAUUGGUUUUCUUCUCUUCUUUCUCUAACAACAAGAGGCAAGGAUGAAGAAGUAUUCUCCUUCUGAGAUCUCUCUGCACACCACCAAGAAGGAUUGCUGGUUGCUCAUCCAUGGCAAGGUUUAUGAUGUGACCAACUUCUUGGAGGAUCAUCCUGGAGGGGAGGAUGCACUCCUGCAUGCCUCAGCCAAUGGAGAUGCAACUCAGAAAUUUGAGGAGGUGGGACACAGCUCCACUGCCUUCAGCAUGAUGGAGGGCUACUUGAUCGGCGUCAUCGAGGGCUAUAAGGGCAGCGUCGGCGGCGGCGAAGGAGCCCGAAAGACCAAGGAAGCAGUGGGUGGGGAGCCAGUCAAGGCCAGGACACUGCAACAGAGGAAACCAACAUCUUCCUCCAGCUUCUUGGACCUCCUCUUUCCUGUGCUUAUCGUUGGCCUGGCCUUUGGCGCUUGGUAUUACCUCACCUUCCAUUCCAAGGCCAAGGCCUAAGACCUAUCAAAGGGUCAGCUUUGGAUGGAUGGUCAUUCUUCAGUUGUUGAGUGCAUGGAGAGUCAUAUGGAAUAAAAAGGGUGAAGCUUUGGUUGGAUGAUUCCUCAGUUGCUGAGUGGAGGGAGAGUCGUAUGAAAUAAAAAGGUCUCAAAGAAGAUUUCUUUUUAA